ACAUUGUUGUCAGGUUUUUCUAAUGUGUCUCAACGAUUCAGAAUGCUAAAGAAGAGAGAAUGGCUUUGUAACCCUCUUGUUUAUUUUUGUGCGAAUCCAGUUUUCUAUCUUAUUUUCUGUGAUAGUAGAAUCAGGCCUGGUGGUCGAAGGUAUGUCAUCUCUGGCAAUGCAGAUUUCCAGUCGGCGAUGUUUGAUUGGAUACGACACAACAGAGACCUGUUUCUGGUCAACUACACAGAGAUCGGCACUUGUCAUCACAUGGCGGUCGAGUUAGAGUCGGAACACUGCCAGUUUGCAACCAGUGCUGAGAAUGUUUAUGUAAAUAUCACAAGAAUCCUGGGGAUGGCUCAACGAAUGUGUGACUCUGGUCAUUAUGCCUCCAACACCAUCAGGAUGGAAGGAGGCCGGCUGGAGAGGGAGUGGAAGAGCUUAGCUGCUGCCCUGGAGGACAGGAGCACGGUGCUACAUAUGUCUGUGGUGUUUCACAAGCGAGCAGAACAGUAUCUAGCUCAAGUGAUCGUGUGGCAGAACACUUGUGAGAACCUGAAAAUCCCCUCGGCAAUAGAAGAUCUGGAGGAAGCCCUUCAGCGGCAUCAGAAUCUCAUUGAAACAAUCAGCCAGACUUAUGCAGAGGUUUGUGGUGAUGGGAAAGCUUUAUUAGACACAUUACAAACUCCGGUGGCCUCUAGCAGUGCAAAUUCUAUUACUGCUAAGGCAGACUACUCUGAGGCAGCAGGACAUGUUUUAGAUGUUGUUCAUGAGGUGCUAGCUCACCAGAGACACCUGGAACAAAUCUGGCACGGCAAGAAGGUGAAGCUACACCAGCGUUUAGGACUGAGGUUGUUCCAACAAGAUGUCAAGCAGGUAAUUGAUUGGCUGAACAACCACGGCGAUGUUUUCCUCAAGAAAAAUACCUCAAUUGGCAAGUCGUUACAACGAGCAAAGGCAUUGCAGAAAAGCCAUGAACAUUUUGAGUCAGUGGCCAGGAACACAAUCACAAAUGCAGAGAAGUUACUGGCAGCUGCUGAUGAACUGGCUCAGACUGGCGAGUGUGAUGCUACCGAGAUUUAUAGCGAAGCUCACGAACUGGAGCAGCGCAUGCAUGGAUUCUUGACCUCGCUAGAGCGACGCCGGGCGGUGCUGGACAUGACAGUUGUCUUCUACUCCCAUGUUCAUGAGUUAACAAACUGGUUGGAAGAUUUGCACACAGAACUUCAGAGUACAGAACUGUCCGACAAUGUGGAGGGAGCGGAGCAGCUGCUAGCUCAGUUCACCCAGCAGAGGGAGACCACUGUGGAAGCUGCCAUCAACACUGUCGGGGAGGGCGAGUCCUUAUUGGAACAGCUCAGGAUUAUAUCCAUGGAGACGGACAAGACAGGCCACAGCGCCGACUACAAACAUAUAGAAGGUGUUCUCAACCAGUUGAACGAGAGUCGGAGUCAGUUAGAGGAUUUGUGGGCAGCCAGGAAAAUGAAGCUGGACAUAUGUUUGCAGUUACAGGUGUUCGAGAGAGAUGCUAUGGAGGUGUCCUCCCAGUUAGAACUUCUCUCCGAAGAGCUACAGCACGUGGAGAUGAUCACCGAUGGCAGUAAGGCUGAGCAGCUUCUCCAGAUGCACAACGAGAGUGUCCGGCAUGUACAAAACUGCACCUAUGAGCUUAUACAGAGGGGCCAGGAGCUAGCUCAGAUGAUGGCUGAUAGUGAUCGCGAAGCAACGAACCGGAUCAGUGUGUUGUUGGAAUACCUCAACGAAAGGCAAAUUGACCUGGAAGGGCUGGCGGAGCAGAAGAGGAUCAGACUGCAGCAGUGUGUUCAUUUACGUAACUUUGAGAUAGAAGCCAGGCAGGUGAUUUUAUGGGUUCGUAAUGGAGAAUCCAUGCUGACAGACAGUUUCAUGUGUCCAAACUCUCUCGUGGAGGCUGAGCAGCUGAAGAAGGAACAUGAUCAGUUCAUGAUUGCCAUAGAGAAAACGCACUUCUCUGUGGUGACCGUGACCCAGCGAGCUGAGGUCAUGCUCCAUCAACAACACUACAAUGCAGAGUUGGUGCGAGCCAUUGCCGAGAACGUCACCUUGGCCUGGCAGCAGCUGAUGUAUCAUGCAGAGGAACGGCAGAAGCUGGUCAUGGCUUCCACCAACUGGUAUAAAACUGCUGAACAGGUGUGGUCUGUGCUGGAGUCUUUAGACAGGGAUUAUAAACGGGACGAGGACUGGUGCAACAGUGAGAAGGCUGGUACCACCAGCACCCAGGCCAAGGCAACAUAUCUGGUCCAGCUAGUCAACAAGCACAACGAACAGAAAGAGGCUUUCCUCAGGGCAUGCACCCUGGCCAGGAGAACCGCUGAAACAUUCCUUAAAUAUGUCACCAGGAAUUUACAUUUCCUCGGUGUGCAAAUGAAAUUUGGUAGCCCGGAGCAGCGGGUAAAAGCCACUUUGACCAAGCUGCUGCAUCAGGAGAACCUAGUGCUGGAAUACUGGACCUCCAAGAAGAGGAAGCUUGAGCAGUGCCACCAGUUUAUCCUGUUUGAGCAGAGUGCCAAGCAGGCCCUUGAGUGGAUCCACGACUACGGCGAGGCCUACCUGGCAUCUCACACAAACCUGGGCUCGGACAAGUGUGAGACUGAAGCCCUCUUGAAAGAGCACUAUGAAUUCAGGAAUAGGGCUAAAGAGACCAGGGAGAAUGUCAAGCUGCUGCUGCAUCUGGCAGACGAUUUUGUCACCAAGGGAAACAUCCAUGCCACCAGCAUCAUGGAGUGGUGCUCCAUGGUGGACAAGCGUUACAAGCUCUUUUCAUCCCGCAUGGAGAAGUACCGGGCUCAGCUGCAGGCAAAGCUGGGCCUAACUACUCAUGAGCAAAAUGAGAAGGAUGAGCAGAGACAGAGUGAUUCAUCAAUUGAAGAGAAACUGGAACAAACGGGAGCUGUGAAGGAAAUCACAGAAGAAAAGAGGAAGUCUGCAAGGAGAAGAGAGUUUAUCAUGGCAGAGCUGCUGCAGACAGAGAGAACCUAUGUGAAAGAUUUAGAGAUUUGUAUCAAUAGCUACAUGAAACCUAUGUCAGAUCCCAGCAUUAACGUACCCCCAGGUAUCGUUGGCAAGGAGCACGUAGUCUUUAGCAACAUGGAUGAGAUCUAUGAAUUCCACAAAGAUGUCUUCCUCAAAGAACUGGAGAAAUAUGAAACCAUCCCUGAAGACGUAGGACACUGUUUUGUUACCUGGGCAGAGAAAUUCUCCAUCUAUGUGACUUACUGCAAGAACAAACCAGACUCCAAUGCCCUGUUGGUAGAACAAGCUGGAUGCUUCUUUGAGGAGAUGCAGCACAAGAGUAAACUGAAUGAGCCUAUUGCCUCCUACCUGAUCAAGCCGGUUCAGAGGGUGACCAAGUAUCAACUACUGCUCAAGGAUUUGCUCACCUGUUGUGAAGAACAUACAGGUGAGAUCAAGGAAGCCCUGGAGGUGAUGAUGAAUGUCCCGAAGAAAGCUAAUGAUGCCAUGCAUUUGAGUAUGUUAGAGGGACUUGAGGACAGUCUGCAAGCUUACGGUGAGGUCCUUCUGCAGGACAACUUCACCGUCUGGGAUCCUAAACAGAUCAUUAAGAAAGGUCGUGACCGCCAUUUGUUUUUGUUUGACGUCUGCCUGGUUUUCUCCAAGGAGGUGAAGGACAGUAACGGGAAAUCCAAAUAUAUAUACAAGUUCAAACUUAUGAUCUCAGAAAUCAAUGUGACAGAACACAUAGAAGGAGACGAGACAAAGUUUGCCCUGUGGACUGGUAGAGCGCCUAUAUCAGAUUACAGAAUCAUCCUUAAGGCCUCAUCACUAGACACCAAGCAGCAGUGGGUGAAGAAGAUGAGGGAGCUGAUCCAGGAGAGGGUCAUGUAUCUCAACGAUGCCCUGAAGGACAAGCAGGCCACCAUGUUUAAGACUCCACCAAAGUUGUUCAACCCCAGCCGUGCCAGCAGGGAGAUUGAUGGAGAUGGGGUAGAGAGCUUGGCUGCUUUUGAAAGGAGGGGAUCCCUCAUGUCUGUCACCUCCAGCACCACCACAGGCACCAACGACAGCAGCAGCAGCAGCA